GAGAAUAAUCGAAAACCGGUAAUUAAUAAUGUUACCAACCUUCGAAAUAGUACAGUUGACACAUCACUAUUAAUCUGUAAAAUCCGGGGGAGGGUUAUCUAUAUAAACCUACGAUAUAAACACAAAACAAACCAUUGUUUGUCAUACAGAUUGUCGAUAUCCGAUUUGCGUUUGACUGACGCAGUUUCCGUGAUUUUACAUUUGUUAUUAUUUACAUUCGCGUAAUGGCUGAAGCUCCAGAAAGCGAGCCAGUGCCUUCGUCUAGUGAAAAUCCGAUAGCGGUAGAGGUAAAAGAUGACGAAGGCCCGUCGGCCAAAAAACGUAAAGUGUCGGACAAUGAAGCGAGCGAUAAGCUAGAGCACAGGCUCGGCGGCAUCCUUUGCUGCGCAGUUUGCCUGGACCUGCCCCAGGCCGCCGUGUACCAGUGCACUAACGGGCACCUCAUGUGUGCGCCUUGCUUCAUGCAUUUAUUGGCGGACGCUCGUCUGCGAGACGAGUCCGCCACUUGUCCCAACUGUCGCGUGGAGAUCUCCAAGACUACGGCGUCUAGGAACCUGGCGGUUGAGAAGACGGUGUCGGAGCUGCCCUCCGAGUGCAAGUACUGUACGCGCGUGUUCCCGCGACACUCUCUGCAGCAUCACGAGGAAAAGCUAUGUGAUGACAGGCGUUACAAGUUCACGCAAAUGGUAUUCGAUAGCGCGCCGAAGCGACGUUACCUCGAUAGUUUGGUUCGCAUUGUGUCUAGCGUGUGCGCGCUGGUGGUGGCCGCGCUGCGGAGGUCCUACCUCCUCAGCGAGGUGUGCCAAGCGCCCAAGAGACGUAGGUACCGCAGGAUGACCGGUUGCCGGUACCUGUGCAUCGGCUGCCCGUGGCUGGGCCCGGCGCACGAGGCGGCGGCGCACGAGGCGGCGUGCACGCACCCGCACAAGUCCGCCGCCGACGUGCUCGACCUCAUGGCCGAGCGCGAGCGGCAGGCGCGCGAGGCCACGCUCGUCUACUCGCAGAUACUCAACUUGCUCUCCUACGAGAAGAUCACCUUCACCGACUUGCAGCUGAAGCCGUACCGCACGGAGGAGUUUGUGCAUAAGUUGUACUACGAGUCGUCGCGGUUCGCUGCCUUCACACACCAGUGGGUCGUGAAGGCGUUCGUGAACAACAACCAGCGCGACCCCACGCAGAGCUCGCAGCGGGAGAUCACCUACCAGCUGAUCCUGAAGAGCAAGUGCGUGUGCGCGGUGGUGGUGCAGUGGCUGGCGGCGCGCGGCCCGUGGGGGGAGGCGCGCCUCGCGCCGCGCCUCGCCGCGCACUCCUUCCGCGACGACGACGCCGACGCGCCGCCGCUGCCGCUGCCGCUCGCCGACCCCGCCGACGCCAACCGCCUGCUCUCCAACAAGGCCAUACACUUCAGGUUGAUAAUGUUCCUGUCGUCCAAGUGAUUGGAGCGGCUGCACGAAGUGCUGCGGCUGCUGCGCGUGCGCCGCCGACGCUGGAGAUACUUCCACUUGUACUACGACUAAAUCACAGUCUACAUCUGCGAGCGGAGUAGCGAAGAAAGUUUAUUUAAUAACAAUAAUAUCUUAACAAUUCAGUCUUGUAUACGUUUAAUAUCAUAACAAAUACGAAGCACAAUUUUUCAUUGUUUAAUCAGCUAAAUAUAAAAUGACAAAGUUAAAGAUUAAUUGCUAUAAGAACUAGUCUCCGCUACUUGGUUCGUCGAAACUGACUCCUAGUGCACCCGUACGCCACUAAUAUUUACCGUCAAACCGAAUUACAGUCGUAGAAAGUGGCUGCCACCAAAUAUCCCCAACUGAUGCCAGAAACUUGACUACGGUAAGAGGCCCGUGUGCACCCGCCGUCGUACCGCUCUGUUCGUCUAGUAGCUUAGUUAGCUAGCGAUUUGAACAUCGCAUGAAAUUUAACAUACAUAAUGCAGAGAUCGAAAAAUAAAACGUUCAUGUAGUACCUGUAAGAAGUCAAAAUUACGAGUGUGUCCCACGCGUAUUGAUGGAUGGUGUCACGUUUGGGUGCGAUGGACGCGAGUUCGUACAACUCAUUUAACAAUAAAGAUUUUUAUUGCUUCUAAAUUUGGCCUCCUAAGUAAAGUAACUGCGUUUAGAUAGUUGCCGUUAUCACGAAACACCUCCAAAUAUAUUAAAGAUAAUAAAUAAAUGAGUAGGUCUUACUUUACGUGUUCUAGGCUGUUGAAAACACCUUACUAGUGAAAAUCGCGAGUUGAACGACUGUCCGUAUCUGAACAGAAUCUUAGAUAAUUUAACUGUUAAUACAUGGUAGUAAAUUAACAUCCCUUCGGCAACUUAAAUUUAUUAUUGCAACUAAUGUUGCUGUUUAUUAUUUUUUUGUUUUAAAAACUAUGUAUUUGAUAUUUAAAUAUUAUUUUUUUUUUAAUUAAAAUGUUGAUGGGGAACGUAGACAUAUUGAUGAGAACAUAAAUCGUAGGCGUAAAGUGCGUGAUUUGAAACAAAACAGGUAAUAAAUAAAUUACGUGUGGAUGUCGUUAUUAUAAUUUAACACAGGUUUCGAGCGUGUCUUUGCUUCUGCAAAAAGAACCUGACAGAAAAUAAAAAAUAGCAAAA